AUGUUAGGGCUUCCUCAGUGGAACGCCAAAUCUUUCAGGACCGCGGACAGCUCAGGUACAACUAAGUAUUGCCAAGAAGCUGGAACUCUUUCCAUUCAAUGGCUCUCUCCUCCGCUAACCACGCUUCCUGUUCACAGCUCCUACAGAAACAUGGAUGAACUAAACCCGCGGCCGCCCCGUCUGUCCGCAGGCCCGCUGUGCCUGUUGAGGUUUGGUCGCACGACCCAGGCAGCCGGCAGCCUUGCUGGACCAGCUGCUGCACGUGGGAAACCGGCGAGCGCCCCUCUGCGCGUGUCUGAGUGGUUUCUGCAUCAUUCCAGCGGCAAAGCUAAAAUUCGCAGCUCUCUUGUCUACCUGACCUACCCCAGCGUCUCUGACGUCAAGAGAAGACUGCUCCACAAGACCCCUCCCGACACUGCUGCAAUGUCUGUAUCUAACUUGUCAUGGUUGAAGAAAAAGUCCCAGUCGGUGGAUAUUACUGCUCCAGGGUUCAACCCUUUGGCUGGUGCAGGAAAGCAAAUGCCACAAGCCAGUAAGCCCCCCGCACCCAAGACACCCAUCAUUGAAGAAGAUCAGAACAGCACGGCCAAUCCCCCGAAGCAUCCUUCCCGAAGGAGUGAGCUGAAGAGGUUCUACACCAUCGGUGAGCUCCAGCCCUUUCGUGCACGUCAGUACACCACAUCUGUCUAGGCACCGCUGCU